AUGAGUGUGCAGCAAUCAUUACAGACGACACCGCCAGAAAGCUUCACGGACCCCCUGACUCCGCCUGCAACCGACGAGAAGACCAAGGCGACUUGUAUCUCAUCUGUUAUUUCAGAGAUUAGAAGGCGCAAACACGGGCAUAGUUUGUCUGGCAAACCCUGGCAUAGAUUUGUAUUAGAUGCGCACCAAUACAAAGAUCUGCAGCGGCAUCUCCAACUAGACUCCUCUCUUUGGGAUUACUUCGUGCACAAACUUCGGCACGAUUAUUUCCCAUCAGCGAAACUACUCAUCCUUCGGAUGCCCGGGUUACUACACGAAAGCCUUGCAUCUUAUGUCACCCAAGAGAUAACACUACAAUUACGCGCAAUUGCCCAAAGCGAUAGCCCGUCGGCGGAGUUUGCAGGAGACAUUGACAAUAAUGCAUCUGCAGAAAUCAACUUUACGGAUGCCGAAUACGGUUCACAUCAACCAGACGCUUCAUUUCAACAUUUCAACGCACAGUAUCCAGGAGUCAUCAUUGAGCUCUCCUACUCGCAGAAGAAGAAAGACCUAUCACGUUUAGCAAAUGAGUAUAUUCUUGGAUCAGAUGCAGAUAUUCGUGUCGUAAUUGGCAUUGAUGUUGAGUACAAAGGAAGUAAACGGGCAACCAUUUCAAUGUGGCGCCCACAAAUUGUGAUAAAUGAUGCUGGAGAGGGAGAAUUAUGUGCCAUACAGACAGUGACGGAUCAGCUCUUCUGUGAUGAUGUAGGGAAUUUAGUUCUCAACCCCGAAGCAAGUAUACAUCUCCGACUCGAAGACUUUGGUACUGAAGCUUUCGCUACGACAUUUAAUGAUCUUACCGAACCUAUACACAUCUCACCUGAAACCCUGUAUAGAUUUCUUAAGCGGUCUGAGGCCAAAGCGACGAGAGUCAGGCAAGGACAGGGACUGGCGAGGUCCAGCAAGCCCUGGACCAGGAAACGACGGAGAGAUAGUACCCCGCCGGAGCAGCUAAGUUCAGACCGCGAGGGCAAGUUUGCGGAUGAGGAGCAGAGGGCAACCAAGAGGGCUACAAAGGAUGACGCUUCUUAUAAGACGAGCUCUUCAGAGGCGGAGGUGGAGGCAGAGUAA